AUGGGAGCAGGCGGAGGAGCAGCCAUCGAGGAUAUUGGCCUGGUGGGCAUCAACGUGCGGAUGUGGCGGUACUUGGCCGUGCUUUAUCCCACCCCGGGCACUAACUGGCGGAAGUACGCUUUCGUCCUGCCCGUGACCGCAAUGAACUUUAUGCAGUUCCUCUACCUGCUGCAGUCGUGGGGCGACCUGCCCGCCUUCAUCCUCAACAUGUUCUUCUUUUCGGCCAUUUUCAACGCCCUCAUGCGCACGUGGCUGGUCAUAAUCAAGCGGGUCCAGUUCGAGAAGUUCUUGAACCAGUUGUCCGUCCUCUUCCACUCGAUUCGCGAGGACAGCGACGAGUGGGGGCGUGACAUUCUCCGGCAGGCGGAGCAUGAGGCCCGUCACCUGGCCAUUGUCAAUCUGAGUGCCUCUUUUCUGGACAUUGUGGGGGCUCUAAUAUCGCCAUUGUUUCGGGAGGUUAGAGCCCAUCCUUUUGGGGUGGAAUUGCCCGGAGUUAACAUGACCCGUACGCCCGUUUACGAAAUUGUUUACUUGGCCCAGUUGCCCACCCCAGCGCUGCUGUCCAUGAUGUACAUGCCGUUUGUCAGCCUCUUUGCCGGCCUGGCCAUCUUUGGCAAAGCUAUGCUUCAGAUUUUGGUCCACCGAUUGCGCCAGAUCGGGGGAGAGGGCCAGACGGAGGAGGUCCGGUUCCAAAUGCUAUGCGAUUGCAUUCAGUACCACAUUCGGGUGAUAGGCUAUGUGAGGCGGCUCAACGAUUUAGUUACCAACAUUGUGGCCGCCGAAGCAAUUAUCUUUGGCUCGAUAAUCUGCUCCCUGCUCUUUUGUCUGAACAUAAUAACAUCUCCCACCCAGAUCAUCUCAAUUAUAAUGUACAUAUUCACGAUGUUGUAUGUCCUGUACACUUACUACAAUCGCGCCAAUGAUCUCUCCAUUGAGAACUGCCAUGUGGCAGAGGCCGUUUACAACGUGCCGUGGUACAGGGGCAGCAUUCGUUUCCGCAAAACCCUUCUGAUCUUCUUGAUGCAAACGCAACAUCCGUUGGAGAUAACAGUUGGCAACGUUUACCCCAUGACUUUGGCCAUGUUCCGGAGUCUGUUGAAUGCGUCGUACUCCUACUUCACCAUGCUGCGUGGCGUCACCAACAAAUGA